UAGUCUGCGCGAUCGUCGUGUUGUCUUCGUUGAGACUCGAAGACUAAAUUGUAUCUAGUCCAGCUGCAGAGGCGCCGAGCGAGUGUCUUCAGAUCUCUCACUGGGAUUCGAGUCAUCGACAGAGCUUGACCAACGGUUGACACCCUAGUUAAUUAGGCUAACAAUGCUGAAAGACGACGAUUCGCCCGACGCCGUGUUUUCCGAGGAAAAUGCCUUUAAGACUCCGUCAUCAGAGAGCAGUGACAUUGGCCGGAAAUGGUACCGAAAGGCGGAACACAGAAUAUUUGUCAACAGAAGUCUUCACUUGCAGAAAAUUAAAUUCUAUGGCUUUGACAUGGACUAUACUCUGGCUGAGUAUAAAAGCCCGCAAUACGAGACGCUGGGCUUCAACCUUGUGAAGCAGCGUCUUGUGCACAUGGGCUACCCUGCCGAGAUUUUAGAAUUUGGUUACGAUCCGAGUUUCCCAGUGCGCGGCCUCUGGUUUGACUCCACCUACGGCAACCUGCUCAAAGUCGACGCCUACGGCAACAUCCUCGUCUGCGUGCAUGGUUUUGAAUUCCUCAAAUUCUCGGAGGUGUAUGAGCUAUACCCCAACAAGUUCCUGCAGCUUGAUUACAACCGCACUUACGUACUGAACACUCUGUUUAACUUGCCUGAAACUUACCUGCUUGCUUGCCUGAUCGACUUCUUCACAAACUCGCCGGAUUUCAUCAGAGAGAAAACUGGUGUGAAAGGAGGCGACAUCUUUAUGUCGUACAAGUCUAUCUUCCAAGACGUCCGAAAUGCGGUUGACUGGGUCCACAUUCAUGGGGAUCUGAAGUCCAAAACCAUCGAGAAUAUGGAAGAAUAUGUGAAACGUGAUCCCCGUCUUCCCACUGUGCUAGCAAGGCUACGCGAGUCUGGCGCGAAAACAUUCUUGCUCACUAACAGUGACUACAAUUUCACCAACAAAAUCAUGACAUUCCUUUUCGACUUUCCGCAUGGCGCUCGACCUGACGAGCCGCACCGUGACUGGAAAAUGUACUUUGAUUACAUUGUGGUGGACGCUUGUAAACCAUUAUUUUUCGGUGAAGGGACCAUUCUCAGACAAGUUGACGUACGGACUGGAGGUCUCAAGAUCGGCAUUCACGUCGGGCCAAUCCAGCAGGGAUUCGUUUACUCUGGAGGAAACUGCGACGUGUUUACACAAAUGAUCGGAGCCAAAGGCAAGGACGUGCUUUACGUUGGUGACCACAUUUUUGGUGACAUUCUCAAAAGCAAGAAGAUCCGUGGCUGGCGAACUUUCCUCGUUGUGCCGGAGCUUGUCCAAGAGCUGCAUGUCUGGACUGACAAGUGCAAUCUCUUCCAGGAGUUGCAGGCGCUGGACGUGCGUCUAGGAGACAUGUACAAGAACCUGGACAGCUCGGCAAAGGAAAAGCCGGACAUCUCAAAACUGCGUCAGGCGAUCAGGGACGCGACGCACAAGAUGGACCUCACCUACGGUAUGAUGGGCAGCCUAUUCAGGUCAGGCUCGCGCCAGACCUUUUUCUCGUCGCAGGUCGUGCGCUACGCCGACCUGUACGCCGCCACCCUGCUCAACCUGAUCUACUACCCCUUCAGUUACAUGUUCAGAGCGCCUGCCAUGCUUAUGCCGCACGAAUCGACUGUCGCGCACGAGCAGCGCUUCAUUAUGGAAUCGCCGAUGAUUGCCCGCUCAAGGACCUACUCCGUGCUUGACCAGCCGCAUCCAGUUGAAGAGGAGCCUGAGCAAACCUUUAGUAGGACUCGUCAGGUGGAGCGCGCGCAGAGCCAGGUGCCGCACGCCCGUCCGGAAACGCCGCGCCACGUGACGCACAACCACGACGAAGACUGCAGCGACGACGAAUCAGACGAGGUGCGCUCAGGGCACAGCGACCCCGAAAAGGUGACCGCCGACCUGUCGGCCGUCAAGAUGGGGCCGACGCUGAUCGACUGUCCGGCUGAGGCGACCGACGUGGCCGGGCCGUGCGACCCGGGGGCCAUCAGCGAGCGGGUUCUUGUCGACUGAGAGCUUUAAAACCGACUAAGAAACUGACCUUUUGUGAUAAACUCGGUCAUCGAAUAUAAAAAGGUAUUGACACACAUAAGAAACAGCGUUUGUGCCAUUUGGAAUUGUUUGGUGGCAAACCAAAUCAUUCAAAGUUGUGAUACACGAGUUUAGAAGCUGGAGUCGAAGCCUUUAACUUAUUGCCUUCCCUUCUGUAUAAAACACAAACUCUCUCGCACACAAUUUUUUUGCUUUACAACAAUACUUAGAGAAGGUUUAAGCACAAAUUCCUUUGCCUGAAGAUACAGAAUAAAUACAAUUUUCGGCUUCAACCCCUCUUAAAAUUAGCAGGACUCAAAAUAACGUUGCAAUAGGAACUGUUUACUGCCUUUAAGCGUACGGAGCAUUUUAAGCAAUCUCAAAUAAACGAAGCUAUUAACUGAAUUGAUCAUUCCAUUCCUGCUGGUGAGAAAUUCAUGAUUUUUCAGUUACUCGCUCACUUAAACGUUAAAUUCUAGGGAGCUGUAUUUCCUGUUUUCUGUUGCUGCAUGUUAGCUUUUCAGAAUGAAUAUAUAUUAUUGUGUUCCAAUACCUGAAGAAAAUUAGUUGGUUGUUUAAAUAAUAUAAUUGACAAGAAACGUCGCAUAAACUAAUGUAAAUCACGCUAUUUUUUUCUGGACCUCAUUUCCAGAACAAUAAAGAUGAAAAUGAAAUUG